ACAGAGAGAGAGAGGAGGGAAAGAGAGUAAGAGAGAGAGAGAGAGAGAGAGAACGUAACAGAGAGAGAGAGGAGGGAAAGAGAGUAAGAGAGAGAGAGAGAGAGAAGGAGCGCGCGGGCGGCUCCAGUAAGUCCGCAGUCUCCUCCCGGCAUCCUCACAAAUCAAACCGUCAGCUUCCUCAUCAACUCCCACAUUACUGACACUUUUCGGUAUUAAAUCGGAGCUCCAGCGCUUCACACCCCGGAUAUCACAUCUCCUUUUCUCGACGAAAUCCUUUUCCGCCGUGUUUUUCUCCUCCGUUCUUCGACGAAUCUUCGCUCGGUCUGUGUGUGUGUGUGUGUGUUUAAUGGAACAUGGCGAUACGGACUCGGUCCUUCAGCGUCGUGUGUUUGUUAACCGUCCAGAUCAUCAUCCUCAUCUUCAGCGUGCCGUGGAGCGGAGUGGAGAGCCUCACCUUCCCGCAGCAUUACACGAUAAUGCACUGGGCUCGGCGGAUAGAGCAGGAGAUCGACCGCGUCCUGCAGCACAUCAGUGGAGCGCAGCAACUUAAAGGGCUGUACGGCGAGAAGAGGAGGCAGUACACCCUCGUCAGGAACAAUCCCAGAGAGAUCGUGGAGAAAGUGGCCUCGGACAUCGAGAAGCUGCUGUCCAAAAAGAAGAAGGCUCUGGAGAAACUCGCGGCAGAAGCCGAGAGAGUGCAGACAGCACAUCGAUGGCAGGAUGGCAUCAAGGAGUGGGAGAUCGAGUACUACGACUCCAAGGCAGAGAUGGAUUACGACGGGGAGGAGGUGGAGCCUCAGAUGUCUCUGAAGUUGGAGUUUGUGUACGACCCGAAUUUCAAAAACAACGUGAACUACUCGUACACGGCGGUACAGAUCCCCACAGACAUCUACAAAGGAGCUCCGGUGAUUCUGAACGAGCUGAACUGGACUCAGGCGUUGGAGAGGGUUUUUAUGGAGAACAGUAGAGAAGACCCCUCGCUGCUCUGGCAGGCGUUCGGCAGCGCCACUGGAGUCACCAGGUAUUAUCCAGCCACGCCGUGGAGAGCACCGGAUAAGAUCGACCUGUACGACGUGCGACGGAGACCCUGGUACAUCCAAGGAGCUUCGUCCCCCAAAGACAUGGUCAUCCUCGUGGACGUGAGUGGCAGUGUGAGUGGUUUAACUCUGAAGCUGAUUAAAGCCUCAGUAAUGGAAAUGUUGGACACACUGUCUGAUGACGAUUACGUUAAUGUGGCACGGUUUAACGAGAAGGCGGAGGCGGUGGUGCCGUGUUUUAAACACUUGGUCCAGGCGAAUGUGAGGAACAAAAAAAUCUUUAAAGAACACGUGUCACAGAUGCAGGCCAAAGGCACGACGGACUACAAAUCAGGAUUCCACUUCGCCUUCAACCAGCUGCUCAAUAAGACGAACGUCCCCAGAGCGAACUGUAAUAAGAUAAUCAUGUUGUUUACGGAUGGCGGUGAGGAUCGAGCUCAGGACAUCUUCGAGCAGUACAACUGGCCCAACAAGACGGUGCGAGUGUUUACGUUCUCAGUGGGGCAGCACAACUACGACGUCACGCCGCUGCAGUGGAUCGCCUGCGCUAACAAAGGUUACUAUUUUGAGAUCCGCUCCAUCUGCGCCAUCAGGAUUAACACCCAGGAGUAUUUGGACGUGCUUGGUCGCCCCAUGGUCUUGGCUGGGCGAAGUGCCAAGCAGGUUCAGUGGACCAACGUUUAUCAGGACGCCCUGGGUUUGGGAUUGGUGGUGACCGGGACGAUGCCUGUCUUUAAUCUCACCAUGGACGGAAACUCUCAGAAUCAGCUGAUCCUGGGAGUGAUGGGCGUGGACGUUCACCUGGACGAACUGAAGAGGCUCGCGCCGCGCUAUAACCUUGGAGCCAAUGGCUACAUUUUUGCCAUCGACCCAAACGGAUAUCUGCUCCUUCACCCAAACCUGCAGACCAAGGUGGUGGACCUGCCUGAACCCAUGACUCUGGACUUCUUGGAUGCCGAAGUGGAAGACAGCAAUAAACAGGAGAUCCGAAGGCAGAUGAUAGACGGCCGAGCAGGAGAGCUGACCAUCAAGACUCUCGUCAAGUCGAUGGACGAGCGCUAUAUCGAUGAGGCAGUACGGACGUACGCGUGGACCCCCAUCAACGACACUGACUACAGUCUGGGCUUGGUAUUGCCUUCAUACAGCGAGUAUUACAUCCAGGCUGACCUGAGUGACGUCAUGCUCCAACUGCAGUAUCUGCAGUCUCUGCUGCCCAGCACUUUCGAGACAGACGGACAUGUUUUCCUGGCCCCGAGAGAAUACUGCAAACACCUGCACAUCGCCGAGAACAACACCCAGUUUCUGGAGAGCUUCCUGUCACUGAUGGUGGAGAUCACACCAGAGACAGAGGACUGUGACCAAGGCCUGAUUCACAACGCCAUUUUGGAUUCGGGGAUCAUCUGGCAGCUGGCCACCAAGACUUGGAAGAACAAGGACCUGAACACGUAUGGCUUCCUGGCGUUGUUUGCGUCCACUGAUGGAGGUCUCACCAGAGUGUAUCCAAACUCAGCAGCGGAAUCUUGGGAUGAAGACUUAGAGCCUCUGAAUUCCAACUUCUACCGCCGCAGUCUGGACAAUAAGGGCUACAUCUUCAGAGCCCCAACUCGCACAUCCUUGGAGGACUCUUUGAUCACAGAGAACGGCACGGUGGGGAUCCUCGUCUCAACUGCUGUGGAGGUUACGGUGCAAGGCAAAACCCUGAAACCAGCAGUGGUUGGAGUUAAGCUGGAUUUGGAGGCGUGGGUCGACAAGUUCAAGAUUCUGGCCAGCAACGUUUCUGACAGCAGGCAAGGCUCUCACAAGUGUGGUCCUUCCAGAUCCUGUGAGAUGGACUGUGAGGUCAACAGUGACGAUCUGCUCUGCUACCUGAUUGAUGAUGGAGGCUUUCUGGUGAUGUCUAAUCAGAGAGACCACUGGAAAAGGGUCGGUUUGUUUUUCGGAGACGUAGAUCCCUACCUAAUGUACGCGCUCUAUAAUAACUCCAUCUACGCCCGAAGGCAGACGUUCCAGUACCAGUCGACAUGUGAGCCCACGGCCAGCAGCCGCACGGGAGCAGCACCACGCCACUACAUCGUGCCCUCCGUCGCUGACUUGCUCAAUUUGGCCUGGUGGACAUCUGCGGUCGCUUGGUCUGUACUGCAGCAGCUCUUCUACGGCCUUGUGUACAACACCUGGUUUAACACGGGUGAUUUUGCUUUUGCUGAAGGUACAGAGACCAGAGGAAGCAGCAGCUGUGUGACUAUUCAGAGCCAGUUCUUCUUCACCAACACCACCAACUCAUUCAACGUGCUGCAGGACUGUGGAAACUGUUCCAGAUUAUUCCAUGCCAAAAGGAUAGAAAACACCAACCUGCUGUUUGUGGUGGCCGAAACGCUUCCCUGCAGCUCCUGCGAGAUUGAAAAGCUCACACAAGUCAGGAUGGAGUUUCAGGAGGAAAUUCCCUGUGAAGUGUUGAGCUCUGCCCGAUAUCGGAAAGGACCUGAGAAGUGCUUUGAUUACAAUGCUAUGGAGAACACGUCGGCGUGUGGGCAGGCUCACUCUUUGCGCUGUCCAAUCAGGAUCCUCAUCUGGGUCCAGUUAACAUUGCUUUACCUCGCUGUUCGAUCUUAAGCCUCUCUCUUCACCCUGCUCCUGUCUACCCUCGUAAAACUUCCAUAAUCCCUGCGGCUUCUUCGCUCUUAUUCUCCUCUUCAGUGCUUCUUUUCGCUUCUGCUGUCUUCCCAGAAUUCCCUUGGUCCUUUUGCCCUAUUCUGAAGUGCUUUGAUAUUCUCAACACAUCCAGAUGGGUUGAUUGAG